GCCUGGAGGCGGGUAGCAGCCUGUGUUGUUAAACUCAGGGCAACAGAAGCUCCACGAACCCAAACGCGGAAAGAGGAAGAAAAACAGUCAUUGUGGUGGUCUAACACUCGCCCACAAGACAGUCACAUUCAGCGUUAAACACAGCCGAGAAAUAAGUUAACACCAUGUCAAGAAGGAAGGACCUUGUUAAAGGUGGCGCUCCUAUGUCCAGAGCUCGUGAAAACGCUGGGCUUAUGCGCACACAGGACACUAUGGUAGAUUUUAUAAAGGCCACCGCUUCCCCCAUAAAUGGACGUCAUCACACGGACUCCUUUCUGAAUGUCUUAACUUCUGGCUUUUUAGGUUUAGAUUUUAGGACGUUUGACUUGCAAGACGACCUCAUAUAUUCCGAUGAUGAUGAAUAUGAUGAUGAUGAUGAUGAUUUUUACAAUGCUGCUCAAAGGCCUUUAGAGCCACAUCCGAGAAUAAGGCUACUCACAGAUGAGGAGGCUGAUAAACAUGAAAAGGAACUUAUAGCAGAAGAUAAGCGGCGUAAGGAAAAGACGGAGAAGAACAAGCGUAAAAAAAUGCGUAAAAAAGAGAAGAAACGACUAGAAAAACAGAAUGCAGUUAAAGACAUUUUACCUGAGGAAGAGAGAGGCAAGUCUGACUCCUCCAAAAAACCUAUAAUUGAAAGUAAUGCAGAAGUAAAUGAAUCUCCUGAAAGUAAUAUGACUCGAAAUGCAACCGAGGCUGCUGGAUGUGAUGAAAGCAGUGGUAAUAUUAAAGAAGAAAAUCUUGUGAAGAUGUAUAAGAAAGAGGAGGAGGAGCAAAAGGAUUUGGAUUUAAAUAAUUCAUAUGCUUCUGCUGCUAAAUUGGUGCCUGAGGAGAAGUGUAACCAGAAGACUGCGAAAGAAAGAAAAAAGGAAAAAAGUAAAUUACUGGAGGUUCAGCUGCUCAAGGAGACAAAGCCAGAAGUUGUGGAAAAACCUGAAGUUCAAAAGACAAAGGAAGAGAAACAUAAACCCAUUAAAGAGCAUUACACACUGGAUCCAACUGCAGAAGAGUAUGCAAAAAGAAGCAGAGAGCUGGCGAGUACAGGAAAUUGUUUAGCAGCCUCUGGAGAAUAUAAGAUGGCAGUGAGGUACUUUACUGACGCCAUUAAAUUCAACCCUAAGGAAUUUAGGUUGUUUGGAAAUCGAUCCCUCUGUUAUGAAAGAAUGCAGCACUAUGAAAACGCUCUCAGGGAUGCUGAUCUAGCACUCUCCAUGGAGCCAAACUGGAUAAAAGGUUUAUUUAGGAAAGGGAAAGCUCUGUGUGGGCUGAAGAGAUACUAUGAGGCCUCGCUGAUCUAUAGGGAGGUUCUGAAACUGGAAAGUUCGAGCGCUGAAGCCACGCAAGAGCUGAAACGAGCACAGACAUUGCACCUCAUGGAAAUGGGCUUCACCUGGGCACAGAGCACUGAGGCAUUGAAAACUCACACCACAUUAGAGGAAGCCGUUGAAGCUCUGUUUGGUGGUGACAGCAACCAGGGUCCUGGAGAUGCCAGUGCCAGUGGGGACAAUACGGACCAACCGGUGGUGCAGGAAGAAGAAGAAGACGACGACGACGACGAGGGAGAGUGGAUCGUCCUACAAACGAGCCGCCCUAGAACGCAGCAGGUCAGACAAUCUGAUGCUCUGGUCCAAAGCAGAUCGAAAUCUCAGUCUCCAACCCCUCAUUCAAGGAAUUCUGUGAAACCGGAGCUUUUCUCCAUUUGGGUUGGAUCCUUGGCUCCUGCUGUCACCUACGCAAUACUUCAUGAGCUCUUCAGCAGAGUCGGAGCGAUCUACAGCAUCAAGAUGCUGCUGGAACACCAGUGUGCCUUUGUGAACUACACAAGAAGGGAAGACUGUGACAGAGCCAUCCAGUGUUUUAAUGGAAUGGUGUUAGAGGGGACUCCGCUGUCUGUGCGAAAUCCCAGUAAAAGCCACACUGGACUCGGCAUGUCCAAAUCAGCCGCCACUGACCCCUUUUCACGCCCUGGCCCAUACAAGAAGGAGUGCUUUUUCUGGAGGACCACAGGCUGCACGAGGGGGGACUGCACCUACAGACACGUCCCAGAGCACAAGAACAUUGACAGGGACAAAUUCACUAGUAGACUGGGACAUAUUUAACAUGUAGGAUAUCAAAAAUAACAAAACUCUGAGGUUUGGCACUGUGGUGGUGCCAACCACGGCUGUUCUAUAGUCACCUCUGUUUUUGUCUUGACUUUGGUACUUGUGACAGUUUGACCGCAAAAAAGAAAAUUUGUGUUUUUUGCACCGUGAUGGUCCACUACUGUUGUAUGAAUGCAAAGGACACAACCGACCUAAAUUCUACUACUGUAUUAUAGUAAUAAUUCAUGUGCCUUUUACAGAUACAUUUAGACUGUGCAUCAGGCUAUGAUCAUUCCUUUGCAAUAGGAUUUUGUCAGGGAUUAUUUGAGAUCUAAUCUGUUAAGAUUGUGUUGAAACACUUGUUUUUUUUUUGGUUUUUUUUCAUUGUUUUAAAAUAGAUUUAACAGAUUUUUCUGUUGACUUUCAGUCACCACUAGGUGGCAGCAUUACCUCUGUCCCUUAACUUUAGGGCAACAAACUGUUCUGCUUUCAUUUUAAAGGCUGUGAUUGAUGAGUAGUUAUGCUAUAGGCACAUUUAAUGUGCUACGUUUAAUUUCGAAUCUGUGCUCUGUAAUCAGAUUGCAGGGACACUGGGUUUGUUUUAUGUGUGGGGUGACUAAUGGUUCAAUUCAGUAGUUAUGUGCAUUAUGUAUAAAUUUUUAAAUGCCCAGGCUGUUAGAGGAUCUGUUUAAGUGGAGUGAUGUUUGGACACAAACAAUAAGUGCCUUUUAGUAUCGCUAUGGCUGUAGUUUUAUCAUGAGUCAGCCCCGAGGGAAUUAAAGCCUAAACUCUUGUGUGUGUAUAUUAAUGUGGAGCAGUACACAUUAAUAUACACAGUACAAGACCUAAGACUGGGCGUAGGUGGAACAGUAUGCAUGUGAUUCACUACAUAGAAUAAAUAAAGUCGGUCUCAAGGCUACAGCACGAUUCAUGAGCAGGAUUAUUCAAGACUCAACGUGCGGCUCGGUGUAAUUUGGGAUAUCACUAUGAGGUCAGAGGAAGCCAUGACUUGAGAAUGAGAGAGGCUGUGGGGUUUUUUUUGCUGUCCCACCAACAAAACAUCACCGGAUUAAUCCGGCAGCAGCUGUGUAUCCUGUUGCAGUGUCCUUGAGUGAGAAGCCCUUCACAGUCGUCUUAGGUUAGCCUGGGUAUUAGAGUGCCAGUUAAAUGCCUGAAAGUAACUAUUGUCCCUGAGAUUUUAUCUAAAGCGAGGUUCUUCUAAGCCCAAAAUGCCUCAUUUCAGUCUCCCUGGCUGUGUCUCCUCGCUGUUAAUGUGUGUGGGAUUUGUGUAGAUCCCUCUCUGCUAAAGCUCAGCAGGUUUGUUGUUUGACUCAAGCAGUUCAAGGUCACUUUUGUGACUCCUGUUACGCAAUGUUUGGGGUGUGAAUUACAAAACCUUCGCAAAGAGUUGUAUAAUUACCUAAAAACGAGGCUGGAGCAGAGAAAAAAAUUGAGGUAUUUAGUUGCGAAAAGUGCUUAGUCUCGUUCUUACAGGCAGAGCAGCUGUACUCGUGGGCAUUAAUUGGCUGAUGGUGGCAUACCUCACAAAGCCCUUUUGAUCUGUGUGAGAUCUGAGAGCAUGGAAGUUUUGUAAUACUAAUAACAUGAACUCUGGUUGAACCCAUAGGCAGCACUGGGACAUGCGGUUGAUAUAUUACCAACUUGCAAAGUGGGUCUAUAUUUAAUCUUAUUGGUCCGCUUGACUUUCUGCCGCUAGAAACCUGUUCAAAUGCAGAUAAAGACCGAUAAGAGCUUAGGGUUCACAAACUGGCUGGAAUCAACAUCCCGCCACUCCAGGCCCGGACAAAGCCAAUCCCUUACUUAACUAAAGCAAACACCAGGAAGAUUAAGUGCAUCUUGUUAAAAGGCUGCCCAGUUUGUAGAGCUUUUAACAGAUUUCUCUCUUUUUCUCUCUCCCUACCAACAGGAGGAAAAGAAAAAAAGAGAGAAAACACACACACUAACAGAAAUUAACCAGCAGACAUUACAUGUUGCUCUCCCACUCUUUGCUUUGUGAUAUAUGGCUAUGCAGUAAAAAUCCUCCUCACUCCCCCUCAAGAGAAGUUUUCAGUCAGAGUAAUUGAAAGCAUUUCUUUUAGAGCUGGGAUACGUAAUCUAAUUUUUAUUCUAAUUCUGUGGUUUCUCUCCGCUGGUAAAUAAACUAUUGAUGUGACGAGAGGGAGUAGAUGAGUCAUGCUGUAUAUCAACAGCCUAAUUUGCUUCUCAGGAAGCCAAAGUAAAUGCUCCACUGCAGCUCUACAGCUGCUCAGCUUACAGGCCUCUGCUCGAACCCCAUAACCUUCCCAGCAGGGGUUGCUGCUGUUUGAUUGUCUUCUUUAAAGGAGUGACACUUCAAACAUGAGUGUGUGUGAAUUUUAGAGCAACACGCCAAAGUUUUUUUUUUUGCUUGUCUUUUGUUCCAUCUUUUAUUUACCCACACAUUCAUGCAGGGACUUGGCCUUUGCAGUUUAAAGGCCCUGAAAACUUAUUUUCUCAAUCAGCUUCGUACGACAGAUGUGACCCAGCAUGCUACGCAAUUUUCAGCCAAAGUUAGAGCUGUUUUGGUUAUUUCCCAGGAGAAGUUUCUGUCUGAGCUGUUUUGUCACUUCUUUUCUCACUGGUUGAAGUUGGCAGGGUAUUUCUGUGCAAUAAUCAAGAUUUAGCAAUAUUUAAAUCUAUAUCUGAUGCCUGCUGUAGGGGUAUUACCUACUUCUUUCAGUCAAAUGUGAUAACAUACCCAUGCAGUCCUGAAGAGGAUUAGCUGGGUGUUUGAGUGUUCGGAUCUUACAUAUAGCACCUUUUAUGUAUUUGUAUUUUUUUUUUUUUUCUUUUCUAUCGAUACGUAGCCACCGUUGGCAUUAACAACUGGUUACUUACCAAUAACUUCAGCCAUCAUUGCAUUUUUAGGAGACUAGGUUAGAAGACGCCCUCUGGGCAGCGCUACUUCUUCAUCCUCUCAUGCUGAACUGAGGGCAGACUGGACGCUACAGUGACUCACUAUUGCAAAGUGGUAUUAUGAGACUGGAAAGGCUGGGGCUAGCCGGUUAGCAUGCUAACUUCAGUAGUAGAAGAAAAGCAAAACAAAGAAUUAACAUUGCCAUAGCUUUCCACUGCUGGAGACAACUCCAGCUUUCUUCUAGACUGUUAAAUAAACAGCUGUUAAUGCUAACGUUGGCUAUGUAGUGAUAGCAAACACUUACAUAUAGCACCUUUUUUUUUUUUUUUAAGGGUGGGGUUUUUUUGUUGCUCCAAAAAAACUUAACUUGAACUUAUUUAAUAAGGAAUAUUUACUGAUAUAGAGAAAUACUCGAGACUUGUUUAUAUUGCCAAGAGUUAGCUUGGAGUCUGUGUGUACACCAGAGUAAUCCAAGACCCUUUUGCCCUUUUUUCAUCAGAGCUAUCCUCACUCUUCCCUGAUAGAGGAAAACAUUUCAAGAAUUUAAUAUCAAAAAAAAUAUCAAGACUUAAGUUUGUUGCUGUCAGAAAUUCUGCCAGAACUGUCUCAUAAAAAUGCCAAGAUGACUGAUGAUUAAAAAAAGUGUCCCAUAAUGUCCUUUUAUUCAAAAUGUAGAUAAAUAAUUUUGGGCCAAACCAUUGUGUCUGAAGAUCUUAAUGAGCAUAACUGAGAUCAACAAGAUGUUGUGGCGGUGGUAGACUCUCACAAUGGGGAGACAUCUGGUUCUCUGCAGUCUCUUCCCACCCCUGGUUGGAUUCCUUUGUUGCACUGUGAAAUGAAUACAGUAAUUGUCACAAUGAGAAAUUGACCUUCCCUUUAAUCUAGACAGAGGCCCCCUUAACAAGUUAAAAUAGCACAAACCCAAUUAGAGAAUUGAUUGCUUGCUUUCAUUUUCCUCAUUUGCAUCAGGGUCAUAUAGAGAAGAUAAAUUAAUGUCUAGUCUUUUGUCCACACUGUCAUCCCUGCUCGCGGAGUAUCUAUUUCCAAGAAAUGAACAGGAGAAAAGUCUUUUGUCUACACUUGACAAACUCAUCACUGAUAAUCUGCUGUCAAACAAAGACCUACAGAAGAGUAAAAAGUCCUCACUCUUUCAUACUGCUGUACAUAUAUUGAAGUUUUUAUGUUAAUGAGAUAAUCUGAUGGAUAAUUAAAAGGACAAAUCAG